AUGACAAAUAAGAUAGACGACCAGUUGCUCGGCAUUGUUCUCCUUGCAGCUGUGGUACCAAAGGAGAUGUUACCAGAAGUUGUUCGAUUUGACAUCUGCGAAAGCGCCUGGAAAGCGGCACACAUCCUGGGACUGCCUCCGACCUACAGCUCUGACUUAAAUUGGGGUAGCCAGGGAAACUGCAAGGCUCCUUCCUUCCUCAAGAAUGCCUGGGCCAAGGAGCUGGUGCUGGUGGUGUCCUCCACCAUCGGGGGCCUCAUUAUAAUUCUGCCCACAAUGAGCCCCUACACCGAGUAUGCCAUCAUGAUCAACCAGGCCUCCCCUUACAACCACACAGUGCUCCUCCUAGACAAUGGGAACAUACCCAAUGGGUCCAGCCACCCACAGGACCCACAGGGCCCAAGCUUAGAGUGGCUGAAGAAACUGUGA